CGUGCCAACUGUCUGCGCUCCACCGGCCAUUUUAGCGAAGCUCAGCUGUGCGCAAGUCAAUAGACCUUGGUCUCCAGAGCAAUGGCUGCCAACGCCGAAGCUCAACGCUGUGCACGGGAGACAUUGUUAGUGAGAGUAGGUGUGCCGCUCUGAGCGGUGUUUAGAACUCUGCCAGGAGCGCUGUGUGCUGGGCUGGCUGCUGCUGCUGUUCUGCGAGCUGUGUGUUACCUGAUGACGUUGGCAGUCUGUAGGAAAGGUAAAGGUCCGGGAGUGACAGUGACAAUGUGGCCACAAGGAAGCAGCGCCUGGCCGGGGACUAGCCAGCUCUCUGUGCCCACUGCCUGCAUUGGCCAUCAAUAGGGGGGCUUCACCAACAGAGGGAUGCGAAAUCCAAGCCAUGCACAGGCUAAAGACGGGGUCUGUGCAAAAGUCUUUGUUUUGGUAUAACGUUUACCAGUAGCUUAGUGCUUUAUGGUGAAAGAGCUAUGCAGUUUUGCAUCGUGUGGGUCUUAGCCCUGCAUAUAUUAUUCCAGCCAGCACAGUUGGCAGAGCAUGAUGGAGUUGCAAAGCAUGCCAUAAAGCUGCAUCGGGGAAAGGGCGCCGGCGCCACAGCCAGCCAGCGAAAGGAAUGGCUUCUCAACAACUGCCGGAAAUUGUCAGGUCUCCUUCACCAGAAGAAUAUAGUGCUGAACAAGCUAAAAAAUGCUAUCAAAGCUGUGGAAAAAGACCCAGGGCUUCUGCCCGAAGAGAAGUUAUUUCAAGUGCACACAUUUGAAAUUUUCCAGAAGGAAUUGAAUGAGAGUGAAAACUCUGUGUUUCAGGCUGUUCAUGGGCUGCGCAGAGCUUUGCAAGGUGAUUACAAAGAUGUGGUCAACAUGAAGGAAAGCAGUAGACAGAGACUGGAAGCAUUAAGAGAAGCAGCCAUCAAGGAAGAGAAGGAAUAUGUAGAACUUCUUGCAGCUGAGAAACAUCAAGUUGAAGCACUUAAGAAUAUGCAACAUCAGAACAAAAGCCUGUCCAUGAUUGAUGCCAUUCUUGAAGAAGUCAGGAAAGCAGCUGAUCGGCUGGAAGAGGAGAUUGAAGACCAUGCUUUUGAUGACAAUAAGUCUAUACGAGGUGUGAAUGUGGAAGCAGUUCUAAGAGUGGAAGAAGAUGCAGUUAAAAGGAAUAACUCACAGCAACAUGUGGAGGAUGACUUGGGGCUGAGCAUGCUCAUUGACUCUCAGAAUAACCAGUAUAUACUGACAAAGCCCAGAGAUUCAACUAUACCCCGUGCUGACCACCACUUUAUAAAGGAUAUUGUGACUAUUGUAAUGCUGUCUUUGCCCUGUGGAUGGGCAUGUGCAAUGAUAGGAUUACCUACUAUGUUUGGAUAUAUCAUUUGUGGUGUUCUUCUGGGACCAUCUGGAUUAAACAGUAUCAAGUCUAUUGUCCAAGUGGAGACAUUGGGGGAGUUUGGUGUCUUUUUUACCCUCUUUCUUGUCGGUUUGGAGUUUUCUCCAGAAAAACUAAGAAAGGUAUGGAAAAUUGCAGUUCAAGGACCAUGUUUUAUGACUGUUCUUAUGAUUGCUUUUGGCUUACUAUGGGGUCACUUCCUGCAGAUAAGACCAACACAAAGUGUUUUUAUAUCAACUUGCUUGUCAUUAUCAAGUACACCUUUGGUAUCCAGAUUUCUUGCAGGAGGGUCUCGGGGCGAUAAAGAUGGUGAUAUUGAUUAUAGCAGUGUUCUCCUUGGCAUGCUUGUAAUGCAGGAUGUGCAGCUAAGUUUAUUUAUUGCUGUUAUGCCAACCCUGAUUCAAGCAGGUGGAAACACUUAUUCCAGCGUUCUGUUGGAAGUAUUUCGAAUAGUGGCACUUAUUGGACAAAUUCUAUUUUCUUUGGUUGGUGCUUUUCUGAUUUGCAUCAUUAUGAAGACAUAUCUCAUUGGCCCAUACUGCCGCAAGCUGCAUACUGAAAGCAAGGGGAAGAAAGAAAUUCUUGUUAUGGGGAUAUCUGCAUUUGUCUUUCUUAUGCUAACGCUAACAGAACUUUUGGAUGUUUCAAUGGAACUAGGCUGUUUCCUGGCUGGAGCCCUCAUGUCUUCUCAAGGGCAUAUGGUGACAGAAGAAAUUAUGUCAUGCAUUGAGCCAAUACGAGAUUUUCUAGCUAUUAUUUUCUUUGCGUCUAUAGGACUUCAUGUAUUUCCAACUUUUGUGAUCUAUGAAUUAACUAUUCUGCUAUUUCUGACAUUGUCGCUGGUGAUAAUGAAGUUUGUUUUAGCUGUGCUUGUACUGUCACUGAUUCUGCCCAAAAGCAGCCAGUACAUCAAAUGGAUUGUUUCUGCAGGCCUGGCACAAGUCAGCGAGUUCUCCUUUGUUCUGGGCAGCCGCGCUCGUAGGUCGGGGAUCAUAUCAAGAGAAGUCUACCUGCUUAUCCUGAGCGUGACAACAUUAAGCCUCCUGCUUGCGCCUGUAUUAUGGAGAGUAGCUAUCACCAAAUGUGUUCCAAGACCAGAGAAACGUGUGAGCACUUGAGCACAGACUGUAUUAGUGGUGGCAUCGAGGUGAAAAUAAUAACACACUGUUCUUUUAGAGAUUGGUGCCUCUCUUCUAUGAUUCUCUAGGCUUGCUGUCAUGAGAACCAUGCAACCCAAUAGGAUUGGGUUAACAGCACAAUUCAGAGCAAGCCAGAGUGGGUGAUGCUUUUAAUAGUGACGUGUUUUAGGAUUUCCACUCCAUGGUCGAUCACACUACAUUUAUUUUUAUUAAUUACAUAGAAUAUAUGACAUCCUGGAGAAAGCCUUGAAUAAUUCUCCUUAAUGUGCCUUUGUAUUGAAAUUCCUUGUAAAAUAAUAGUGUGCAAGUGCAAUCUGUAUUUUUCCUACAUGUCGUGUGCUGUUGGCACAAUCCGUUUGUGACUGUGCACAGCACAUUUACUGUGGACUCCCGCUGCUGAAUAUCCUGCUCGGAAAUAUCAGUUUAUCUAAUGAGAUCAUAUGAAAGCUUCAGGUCUCACUACCAGGCACAUAAUAUAUGUCUUUAGAGCUAAGAUUAAACUAAAAUCUCUGCAAUAAUGAAUGCCAUGCGCAUUGUCGUAUUUUGCCAACUCGUUGAAUUAUUGUGUAUGAGGGAAUAUUGUAUACUCUUUAUUUCUCCACUUUCUGAAACUAGAUUCUAUCCCUUCUUGUUUGGUGUGUCUUAUCGAGGAGGCAGGCUAUGGUUCUCCUGCUUCUUCCUUACAGGUGUAAUUCCCUGUGAUGAAGGUAUUUCUUUGAUAUAAUACGUAACUGCACACAGCAUUAGCAAUGUCCUUAAAUAUAUAAUAGAAGGAAUUGUAUUUGGUUGCUGGGAACAUAAUCAUAUUGUUGCACAAAGCUGUACGAGUGUUACUGUUAUUUUUAUAUUGUAUUGACUGUUAACUAAUUGCAUUGUGUUCAAUAGAGACCAAAGGGAAUAACAAAGAUCUAAAUGCCCAUGUGUUUAGGAAUGCUGCUAAUAACUUACCCUUCGAAGUACAAAGAGCUCUGAUAUUUGAGGGUAUAAAAGGGGCCAGUGAGACGGCUGUUUAUUUCUCUAAAACAAUUGCACAUUUUUUUAGCCCAAUAUGCUACCAACCUCAGUAUAGCCCUAAACAUUCUAUGUGCACAGAGGCAUUUUAUAUUGAUAGUUGCUUGGAUCAAGCAUUAGGUUGCUAUGUUUAUUGUCACACCUGAAGGAUGAUUGGUAAAUUAAUGGAAGAAACAAAUAAAGAAAAAUAUUUGAAUCUG